AUGUCCUAUCUACUCAAGGGAGGCUCCAUUGCGACUUUCGUCGACGGCUCCAGCCAGCCCAAGUGCUACACGGCCGACGUCCUCGUCGAGGACACAAAAAUCACUCAGAUUGCCCCAGACAUUGUGGCUGGGCCGAAUGUCGAGGUCAUCGACUGCCAGGGCAAAUGGAUAACCCCAGGCAUGGUCGACACACAUCGACAUCUUUUCAUGACCGUUCUGCGGGGGGAGCAGGGCGACUGGCUUCUGUCCGAGUAUAUCGUCAAAAUGACAUGGACCAUCCAACAUGCGCUGACCGUGGAUGAGGUCCGCAUCGGACAGCUCGCUGGUUGUCUAGAUGCCCUCCAGUGCGGAGUGACAACCGUCCUAGACCACUUUCAUUCAGCAACAACCGCCGAGCACGCAGAAGCUUCCCUGGCGGCUACAAUCCAGUCUGGUGCACGAGUCGUAUGGUGUCCAGCCCGCCAGAGUGGAGCCACACAAUUAUUCCCCACACUUGAGUACGGCGACGAGGAAGAGACAUUUAAAUGGCAGAUGGCCAAGCUGAAGGAAUGGGGGACCAAAGAUAACGGCAACCUUACACCAGAUGGCAGGGUCACUCUGGGUUUGUCGUACGAUCUCAUGGGAAUAGGGCCCAUGAGCGUGCAUCAAGAGGUCAUUAACUAUGCGCGCGAAGUCGGCUGCAAAAUAAUCACUGCGCAUGCCGUCAAACAGCCGAAAAUCAUACCGUUCCGAGACGGUGGUUUACUUGGCCCAGACGUCAUUUUCUCACAUUGUAACACUCUUUUCGACCACACCGACCCAGACGAUGAGCACUGGGCCGCACUCAAGGACAACGAUGUAGCAAUCGCUUCCACGCCCGUUGACGAACUCGGAAUGGCUCACGGGAACCCUAUCGCAUUUGAAGCUGUCCGAAGAGGCGUCAGAUGCGGCCUCGGCGCGGAUUGUACGUCAGUGAAUGGUGGCGAUAUAUUUACGCAAAUGAGAUGUGUCCUGCAAUUCGUGAGAGCCCGAAGGCAUGAACACGUCGAGCGUAACAAGCACACCCUCCCGCAAUACAACAAUGAGACAUGUGCGGAUGCCUUCAGGCUAGCGACGCUUGGUGGCGCAGAGGCAUUGAACAUGAGCAAUAUCAUCGGUUCCAUUGAGGUGGGCAAGAAAGCCGACAUUGUGAUCUUCGACACGGAUUCGCCCAAUCUCGCUGGUAUCGACGAUCCCAUCUUGGGGGUCACCUUCCACGCAACGAACGCGGACGUCGAGCUUGUGAUGGUCAACGGCGAGAUAGUGAAGCGCAAUGGCAGACUGACAAAAGUGCUAUGGGGGCCUGUCGCUCGUGAGCUAAAGCAACGAGCGAACGAGGUCCGCGAACGCUUCCCCCGCGACUUCCUGGAGGCUCGCUGGAACAAGUACUACCAGGCGAACGGGGCACCCAUGUUCUGA